AUGACUCAACACACAGAGGACACCCUGACCCCAUCGACCGAUCGCGCGUCGCCAUCGGGCGACGGCCGGCACACCUCGGUCAUGCGCGCGCGGUCGCUCGCGCGCGCGCUCGCGACGCGCGCGCGCGCGGUCUCGUCCUCGGCGCGCGACGCGCGGAAGCAAACGACGGGAAUCGUGGGAUUGGAUGUCCUGGACGAGGGCAAGGCGGCGUACGAAUCGAUCUGCGAGCGAGUGUUAAAGGAAGUCGCGACCGGGAUUCCGAGCGACGCGGGGUAUCGACGGGUGGUGGAGGAGAUGUACACGGAACGGUUGAAGCGCGCGCGGGGGGGGGCGAGCGUGGAGGAGGUUGAGCGGGCGAUCGGGGAGGGACAGAUCGAGGAGCUGUACGAGAUCGCGAAGGAUGAGUUGGCGCUCAUACCGAAGAUGCGGGAGUGGAAGCCGUGGGAGUUCGAGCACGAGAUCGAGGUGAUCGAACAUCCGAAGGAAAAUCCGUACAAGGAAGAGCUGGCGAAGGAGGAUUAG